CCAUCUUAGUGAAGAUGACCAGGACAGGAGCAUCGAAAAAUAGCAACGAGGGCAAUAUUCGAAUUCGGGAUGUCAAUAGAAUGUCAUCGAAGACGGAAAAUAAAAAUUCGAAAAAUGGUGACGAACGACAGCAAACGUCGUUCGAUUCGGGAACAAGUCUCGAGCAAGAUCAUGCAUCCGUCCAGAAGCUCCAACAUCUGCAGACUGCAUUGAAACAUCUGCAAGUGAACAGAGUAAAAGAGAAACAUGAGCGACAGACGUUAUCAACACUUUUUCAGGAAGAGAAAGAAAUGAAAGAUAAAUUGUUACAACUAAAUAAGAAGUUGACCUACUCUAUUCAAGUGUUGAAGAAGAGGUUGGAUGAUAAUCAUUUACCGAGUUCUUUGGAUGGUAAAACUGACACGACGAAGCCACAGACUUCGAAACAGUUGUUGUCAGAUUUAAUGAAGCAGAAUGCCGAGUUGAAGCAAAGAUUAACGGAGUGUAGCAAUUUUGAUAUUCCUCUAAAGGAAACGCAACUACAGAGAAUUCAUGAUUUAGAGGACAGACUAGAGAAAGAACUCUUUGAAAAGAAUCUUUUAGAGGAAAGAAUAAAACAGAUGGGAACUUCAUCAAAUGAUGAAAAAGAUGCAAAAAUCGUCCAAUUAGAAAGUGAACUUGAACGACUAAGGGCAAACAGUAAUGUACAGGAGGUUUUAUCGCAGUCUCUUAUGGAUGAGGUUGUAACUGUAAAUCGGAGGUUACAGGAUACUGCAAAAACAUACCAAGAAGUGGUGCUGAGGUUGCAGGGGAAGAAUGUUGAUGAGACGGAGGGGAUCGUCGAGUCCCUGAGAAGUAUUGAGAUUCGGUUCCCUGAAAGAAGAACGUCACCUCCACAAUCUCACAGCGAUUCCCUCGACGGCCAUGAUUCUGAAAAUACCGAAGAAAAUAAAAAACUCAAAUCAGAAAAUAUCAAACUGAAAUCUGAACUUACCGAGGCUGUUGAUGUGAAUAAGCGAUGGAACAGUUACAACCAGCAGCGAGAAGCCUACGUAAAGAAACAACAGGAAAAGAUCACACAACUUGAAGAACGAUUAAAACGUCUUCAGGAACCGGACGGUGGAGCCGAAGACAGGAAAAAGCUUGUGGCAGAAUUGGAUAAACUCAAAUCGGACCACAGCAAGACAUGCAAGGUCGUCAAAGACCUGAAGGCCAAACUCCAGAUCAUCACAGAGCAGAAAGAUGUCUACCAAUCGCGCAACCGUGAGUUAAUGCAGAGCAUGGAGAACAGUCCGUGGUAUCGAGAACUCAAGGACAAGGUGUACCACCUGCAGGCGCAGGUUCAGACUAUGACGGAGGAUUUCCAAAACGAGAGGAAAGAUCGCGAAAAUGCUCAGGGAAGGCUAUCCGAGAUGGAGACCGAACUGGCCUACUAUAAACGCUACGAGCACGCUGGUGGCCACUAUGGUGGAGCGGUAGACUUGAGGAGUCUGGAGCGUGAACAAAAGUACACGCCAUUUGGGAGAUGUGCCCCUGCUUUUGGCAACCUCGCACCGCAACAGCGGACCCAGAUCAUUGCUCACAGCCCAGGCCCUGCUGCUGAUAAUUUACACGGCUCUGGGAGUGACAAUGAUAGCCUGCAGACAAAUCCAGACCUCAGCAGCGGGUCAAGCCGAGGACUCGCCCAGGCACUCUCGCGUGCACGCAGCGAGGAGGACCUCCAGUGUCCACGAUGUCACAAGUUGUUCCCGUCAGGCCAGCAUCAGAGGCUUUUAGAACAUAUGGAUACGUGUUGUGAUUAGGGAAGGGUGACGCGGGGAUCUAUAAACUGUGGAGACCCCCAAGUAACUUAUCUGAUAAAUGAUGGAUGGAAUACAGUAAGGAUGAAACUGUUAAAAAUUGACUAACAGUGUUAAAUGUUUCUUGUGCCCUCAUUAUUUUGAAUAUAUAGUCGAAAAACCUGUAUACCCAUCUUUCUGUCCCAUUGAGAAAAAAAAACAUAUGAAUUUGCAUGAUCUUUGUCUUUUACAAAGAUUGUGACCCAUCACAGCGAAACAAGGUGCAUGUUGCAAAACUCUUUCGCCUCCGAUAGCAGCAUUUGAAAAUGAAUAUGAGCUUAAUUGCGAUCGAACUCUACCCGAUCCCAAAACACACAUUUUUGGGCGAUUCGGAUGUGCUCUGCCUCUCUAUCCAAUUAUACUAGGUGUUAUAAAAAAAUUAGAACAUUUCUUCAUUGCUUUUCCGCCUAGCUUGUGCUAGUAUCCAGUCAGCAUUUUCAGUAAGUUGCGUCACUCUUCUUUAAACACGUCAAAUUGACAAAGAAAAAUCAACCAUUGCCGAUUUCACUCGUGCUAGGCGACGGCACUGAUGUCGCCAAAAUAAUAGAUUUUUAAAAACUAAAAACUUCAUUUUGGGUUAAAUGCGAGUUAAAUAAAGAAAAGUUCUUCGGCGUAACACCUGCGUUUAUGAUAUUUCCAUCUGCGUGCGAGAACUUUUGUUCUAUUUCUCUAGCAGGGCAGUAGAUUUCACUUCUCGUCGCAUCGAUAUCGACAGAAACAUUCCAAAUCAUAUCGAGACUUUAAGUGAAAUUUGUUGAACACCCAUAAACAAAUAUUUUCAAACAUGUCAAAUGCCCAGUUCUUCUGUGUAAACUUUAAAGUGCUUUACAUAAACUGUGAGGAGUGCUAUUAUGAAUAACAAACUUUAUUAUUAUCAUUGAUAUCUUGCCUACUUUGAAUUGGGUUCAAAAUAAAGAAAAACGAAAAAAUAUGUUAACUGGCAAAAUUGUAGGUUUAGUUUCAGAGUGCUGAAUAACAUCUUUACUGCACACAAGGCAUGUGACCGGGGACAUUACAGCUAUGGUUGGGUAACUAUUCAAAAGUACUGGGUAUUUAACGAAAAAGACAGGUGUUUUGUUUUGUAUUGUUCAUAUGUUUUGAAUUUCUCAGGUAUUUGGUUGAAAAUAUAACGUAGAAUCAUAUUCUGUAAAUAAGUUUUCCUUUAUGUCUGUUGUGUCGUGUACGUGUUGGUAUAUCCGUAGGUGUGCGUUGAAAAUGUACAGGUACAGGACAGAAUAUAAAAGAGGCACGCGAUUCGUUAUUACUGAUGGUCCAGGAAGAAAGAAAUGCACUUAUACACAGUGCCGUAGUGCAGUUAUUGUGCGUGCAAUGUUCCUUAAACUAGGUAAGUAAUUUGCUGAGACUCGGCAUUUGUUGUAUUUGUACAUCUGUCUUCACAAUCGCAAUGCUGAAAUUUAUAUUCAGGAUAUACCAACGCAAUUCGAAAUCUCCAAAUUCACAUUCAAUUACAAAUUUCGUUUUUUAACGAACGGCGUAGGCCUUUAAUCAUUAGUGAGGAUUUGCCGAGCAGAUCACUUUACUGCCUGCGUCUCGUUCCAUGAUAUACGGUAAACUCCAAAAUAUUCGCAUGACUUUCAUUUUCGCGUUGACAGAUAAUUACGAUGGCGAUGAAAAAGAAAUGCCCCUGACGGAAAAUUUAGCACGGUUCGUCUUAAAUUCUUCUCACCAGGGGGCUAAAGGCGUAAAUUACAAGGACAUUUUUUGUCGCUAUAUUCCAAUAGUUAGGGGCUUGAAAUGAAGUUGAGAAAGUAUGCAGGUACUUUCCCUGAUUUGUACAUUGUACCCAUAUAUUUCAGUUGAGCGCCAGGCCCUUGGGCCUCUUGUUAUAUAUCCCCGUUUUAAUGGGCUGCUUCAAUUGCAUGUUUAGCUAAAGCUGCAAAGAUGACCUUUUUAAAUAUUCCCUUUAUGGCAAAACUACACAUGCCAGCAUCCACUUAUAAAAGAUGUACUAUUCUUAAACACCUAGGUAUCUCCAAUUUUCAUUUCAAAGACAAAUUGGUACCUCAACAUAGUUCUUCCACCAAUAAAUUUAAGAUUUUUAUGUAUCUAUUAUUACAUAUUAUUAUUACCUAUCAAAUCAUAAAAGCAUGUUAGCUUAUAUUUCCUUUUCAUAAACAUUUUAAAAAUUAUUAAGUAUUAUACAGUUAAGAAUUAAAUAUUAUCACUCAAACUUAUUCGGUUAAUUGUUACUGCAGUAGUUCAAUAGAAUACAUGUAUAAGAGGCAUGUACCUAGCUAAGAUUUAUCAUUGCAGCUAUUCAUGUAGGGCCUACAUGCAUCGGGAAAGAUGUAGUUGAGGUAGUACCUGAUCCUCUCUGACCUCAUCGUGGUUUCGGGGUGUCACAUUCUUGUCGGGAAGUGGUGAUGGUGUCUGAAAUAGGUGUGAGCGCUAUAUGUGUAUGAAAUUUGUGCUUUAAUGUGUCACUAGUUUAGUAUUUAGGCAGCCUUUGUAAAGCAUCAAAACAAAAAAUCGAGACUUUUACUACAUGUGAAAUCAUUGAAAAAAGAUGUCUAGACUAACUAUAACUUUUUAGUACAUGUAAAAUCAUUAAAAAGAAACGUCUAGGCUAAAUAUAAUUUUUUAGUACAUGUAAAAUCAUUAAAAAGAAACGUCUAGACUAAAUAUUAUUUUUUAGUACAUGUAAAAUCAUUAAAAAGAAACAUCUAGACUAAAUAUAACUUUUUAGUACAUGUAAAAUCAUUAAAAAGAAACAUCUAGACUAAAUAUAACUUCUUAGUACAUGUACUAUCAUUAAAAAAGAGACAUCUAGACUUAAUAUCACUUUUAGUACAUGUAAAAUCAUUAAAAAGAAACGUCUAGACUAAAUAUAACUUUUUAGUACAUGUAUAAUCAAAAAAAAGAGAUGUCUAGACUUAACAUCAACUUGACAACAUGUGAAAUCAUUAAGAUAGAGAGACUUCUAGAGUUACUUGGUAACAUCCCUACAUGUGUAAAAGAUGUACCUUUGAUGCAAAAAUAAACAUACAAACUGAAGAAAAAUUAUAAUCUGUUUCAAAUCACCUCGAGUUUGUAUUUGAUAGCACAUUUAACAUGAGUGUGGAACUUUGAGUAACAUGCUACACAGGAAUGUUUCAUAAGAAUGUGGCCAGUUUGGAGAGGAUAAAAAAAUAACAACAACUUGGGCGUGGAAAUCAGACGGCCAGGAAGAUAAUACCCCUGCUUGCCACCAGGAGGUGCCACAUGUAGCACCAUACUAGUCUAAAGCUGAUGUCGAAUAAAUGAUUUUUGCUGUUUUUGCGAGGCAGUUUUGAACAUGGCUUGUAAGUUAAGCCAAUGGUUACAGUCUAUUUGUGUGCACAUUCUUUCUGCUUUUUCGGUGAUCCUGAAUUGGAUCAUUCAAAAAGUGGAGAAGUCACUGUCAAGCUGGUAGCCAUCUUAGUGUAGAAAACAAACAGGUCUUAUGCACAAGUUGUUGCAUCAUUUAAAAAAUUUCACGUUGCAAGAUUUGUCAAGGAUAAUAAAUUUCACAGUUAAUGGCAUAGGGUAGUCUAAGGCUGGUUGCUAUGCAAUGUUAUAUACAUGUACUCUUGUCGCAGAUGGCUAUGCAAUAGACUCCAGCAAGACCCCAGAACAAGAUUAAUUGAUGACGUCAUUCUGUCUCUGCCAACACAAGCUGCCAUUUUUUACUCACUCUUCAAUUCAUGGAGCAGAUCAUAGGAUAUUAUAGCAUCAUAUUGCAGUCAAUCAGUUCCAUAUAAACUGAGACACACAACCUUGAAGAUGAUACAGCUCUUUUAUUUCAAGGAUUUAUAUGUGUUUUCUGUAGGUUUUGUUGGGACUGAUUGAUUGCUAAUUGGUGGUUUACAUUUUUUAUCUUCACACGCCUGUGACAUCCUGGUGGAAUGGAAAUAUGUGUUGACAGAGAGAAUAUCUUUUCAUCUGCUUAGAGAAUGAGUAUGUUGCAGCAAAACGACCUUGCAGAAGUGACCUAAGGUCACUUUAACAAGGCAAUGAAUUUACAAGACCAAACUGGCCCUGAUUAUGGAAACAUUCUUUGUGUGUAGCAUCAAAUCUUGAAAAUUGAGUUUGGGCGCAGUAGAAAGGUGAUGUUUGAAAGAAUGGCUAACUAGAGAGGUAACUCCAAAUCUAUUCCAAACAAGUCUAGGCAAAGUUAGUACGUAUUUGUUAUUUUGAAAGGUAUCUUGUGGUGAAUUGGAAAUUAAUAGAAAAUUAGCUUUGCUCUUUCCUUUCCCAUCUUCAUUUUCAAUAAAGCCAUUUGUCUGGUGCCUGUACAAAAUGCCUGUUUUACAUGUGAUGGGCCCAUGUGUGACAGACGUACCUAAAUGGGCUUAAAGCGUCGACACAGUAUAUGCAUCAGCAGAUGUACAUUGGCCAUGGGAUGUGGUUUACAAAUGAAAAUAAAUGUGGGAUAAGGUACAUGUGGGAUGUGCACAUCAUAUAUUGUGACUAAAUUAUGUUAUCAGCUAUAAAGCUAUAUUAAUAAAUUUGAUG